AUGGCCGAAAAAGAAAAAGUGGACUGCGCUGGGAUCCUGAAGCUGCGUAACUCGGACAUCGAGCUGCGGAAGGGGGAGACCGACAUCGGACGCAAGAACACACGUGUGCGGAUGGUUUUCAGGAUUCACAUCAACCAGGCCACGGGGAGAACGGUGUCCCUGCAGGUUGCAUCCAAUCCCAUCGAGUGCUCCCAGAGAUCGGCCCAGGAGCUGCCGCUGGUGGAUAAGCAGAACUUGGAGACGUGUCCCGCCCACGGAGGGGAGAGGAUGCGCCUCGACGGACACAACUUCCAGCACGACUCCAAAGUGGUGUUUGUGGAGAAGGCUCAAGACGGUCAUCACCUCUGGGAGACUGAGGCCAAGAUUGAGAAAGACGCCUCAAAACCUAAUUCGCUGCUGGUUGAGAUUCCUCCGUAUCGGAACCAAAGACUCUCCACUCCCGUGCACGUCAACUUCUACGUCUGCAACGGCAAAAGGAAAAGAAGCCAGUAUCAGCGUUUCACCUACGUUCCUGCCAGCGUUCCGACAAUAAAGACGGAGCCGCAUGACGACUAUGACGCCCCUCUGGUGUGCACCCAGCACGGCUCCACUGUGUCCCUCCACCCGAAGCCAUACUUCCCCCCACAGGUCAUGACCCCCAUGAUGACCUCUGACCUCCGGUCGUGUGUCGUUGGCGGUCCUUACCCUGUCAGCCAGGAGAGACUGGCGGCCAAACCUGCCUCGCUGCCUUCCUCCUCUUCCCCGAGCACCAGCCCCAAACUGCACGACCUGUCGCCGUCACACUUCUCCAAGUGCCUCCCUGCCGGCCCCCAGGGGCCCCAGUCCCCGAUCCCCCACGUCUCCAUCAUCCAGGAGACUCCCGGGCGCUACCAGCUGCCCAACCUCUAUCCGCCCAGCAGCUCCUCCUCCUCCCCGACCUCGCAGCCCUCCACUCCGACCGACGCUCCCUUCUCUCCGACCCACUGCAUGACACCAGCCCAGCCCGUCAGCGGCAGCACCAGCCCGGACGCCCAGCAGCACCCUAAGGUGCCAGAGAGAGGGCGAGCCUCGCUGCAGGAGGACGGCAGCUCCCCGCCGCUGGCCGUCAGCAUCAAACAAGAACCCCAGGAGCUGGACCAGAUGUACCUCGAUGAUGUCAAUGAGAUCAUCAGGAACGACCUGUCGAGCAUCACCGUCCACAGCCACGCAUAGUUUCCUGUCCCCCCCCUCACAGAACUGACAGUAAAAACAAUGCUCGGACCACAGCGUGCAGGAAACAGCUGAGGGAAAUGCAAGAGGAACAAAUGUAAAUGUUUUGUCCAGAUGACCAGGGUCCAACGCGUGCCUUGUUUUUCAUAUAUUACGCCUUUAUGCAGAAAAUUAUCCAAGGAGUAAAUACCAUGACUGAGUUUUGAGUAUGUAGCAGCCACACCUGCCGACACCACCCCCCCCCCACCCCCCCUGACAAAGUACGC